UUCAGGUCACUGCACGCCGGAUUGCGCCACGCUUAGCAGUCGGCGGUGCCAGGAGGAGGUCGGAGAAAAACAAGAACAACAGAUUCUAGAUUUGAAGCUUUCGUGACUGCAAGUAUUCAUAUUCUUAGGUUUUUUUCGGUAAAGCCACGGAAGCUUGUGUUGCCUCCGAAACGUCGUGAUUUUUAUUUUAUUUUACUUUUAUUAUUUUGAUUUUUUUACCUACGUCAUUUUACCGAAAAAACCUGAGAAUAAGAACAAAGAUGUUGGAGUUCAUCGUGACCCUGUGCAGGUCCAGCGUCCUCCUCUUCCUCAACCUCGUGUCGCUCCUGCGCCACUUGGCGGCGGCGGUCACCCCUCCACUCGGCAGGCACCCGCGCGCCAAGUGUCCUCCGGACCUUCGAGGUGAUCGUCAGAUCUCCGACUUAGCAGACGGAGAGAGCCCUGCCGACCCGAGCUCCAUCCCGCUGGGCACGCCCGUGGUGCCCACCAGCGUGAACUACCACUUCACGCGCGCCUGCAACUACAAGUGCGGCUUCUGCUUUCACACGGCCAAGACGUCCUUCAUGCUGCCGUUGGAGGAGGCCAAGAGGGGGCUCACGAUGCUGCGGGACGCGGGCAUGGUGAAGAUCAACUUCUCGGGCGGGGAGCCAUUCCUGCCGGAGCGCGGCCGCUACCUGGGCGAGAUGGUGACGCACUGCAAGCGCCAGCUGCGCUUGCCCAGCGUCAGUAUCGUCAGCAACGGCAGCCUCAUCACCGAGCGGUGGCUCGCCACCUACGGCGAGCACGUGGACAUCCUGGCGGUAUCGUGCGACAGCUUCGACGAGGACACGAACCGGCAGAUCGGGCGCGGCGCCGGCCGGCGGAACCACGUGGAGACGAUGCGACGCGUGCGCGACUGGUGCUCCGCGUACAAGAUCGCGUUCAAGAUCAACACCGUGGUCAACAGCUACAACGUGCACGAGGACCUCGCAGACUACAUCACGGAGCUCAGGCCCGUGCGCUGGAAGGUGUUCCAGUGUCUGCUCAUCGACGGAGAGAACAGCGGCGAGGACAGCCUGCGCCAGGUGCAGCCCUUCCUCAUCGCCGACCGCGACUUCCACAGCUUCCUGGAGCGGCACCGCCACGUGAGCUGCCUCGUCCCCGAGUCCAACGAAAAGAUGCGGGACUCGUACCUCAUUCUGGAUGAAUACAUGCGCUUCCUGAACUGCACGGGCGGUGCCAAGGAGCCCACGCGCUCCGUGCUGGACGUGGGCGUGGAGGGCGCCAUCCGCCACAGCGGCUUCGACGAGCGCAUGUUCCUGCAGCGGGGCGGCAAGUACGUGUGGAGCAAGGCCGACAUGCGGCUCGAGUGGUGAGCGCGUCGACGGCGCCUCCUCCGCCCGCGUGGCCUCGCCGCCAGCCCGGCCCGGCGCUGCUCGUUGCCGCCACCACCACCGCCAUCGUCUCCUCGCUCCGCCUGCCACGGCGCACAGCUCCGUGGCCAGGUCGUGUGACACUUCGCCCGCCCGCCGUGAUGGGCAGCAGCGGUGCCGCCGUCCUCACCCUCACCGCCGUUAUCGUCGCCGGUCUCGCGACGCGUCCGGCCGGAGCGCGCAGGAGGACCCCGCUGUCGCGCGCUCAGAGAGCAACAUUGACCGCGUAGAAAUUCAGUGUGCGUGGUGAUGUGUGUGGGGUUAAAUGUGCCCUUAACAAAACCGCGAACCGUUAAUUUGGAUGAUUGCUAAUUUGACACUUGUGAAACAGAAAUGGGGAUGGUUCAACGAAGUGGCCUAUAAUAAUGUGGACAUUUAUAGCAGACAAAUACUCGAAACGCGUGGUGAUGUUGAUUCUAAAUUAACAGCAGCAGGCGUCAGGGUCGGGAUCAAGCCCACGACCUCCUGCACACCAGGCGAGGUAGUUAUCAUCUCCUAGCCACCGUGAUGAUGAUGAUGAGAGAGAGACACACAAACUCCAAAUACACAGCAGCAGGCGUCAGGGUCGGGAUCAAGCCCACGACCUCCUGCACACCAGGCGAGGUAGUUAUCAUCUCCUAGCCACUGUGGCCAGUCUCUCGCCACCAUCUGUGUCGGUAAGAUCCUCCACCACCCAACACAACCAAACAAAUUGAAACGCCGCUCCAAUUAAAAUUAAACUUUGAGCUCAAUCAGUUGUCACAGUUGUCACAACUGAACGUAGCAGCAACGGCACACGUGACGUCUGGCUUGAAACUGCGUCAAGCAUCAUCAGGACAGGUUUCACGAAGUAGUAAAUCCUCCGCGUCAGGCUGUUAAAGUAUUAUUGUUUUAUAGCGAUCCGCCUCGCAAGUUUGUAAACCUAAUUACUCUCGCGAAACUUGUGUGUUGACCCUUGCCAGGAUAAACAAUUGAACAAGCGUUAAAGUUAACUUAACUUACAAACUACUGUACAUAUGACAACAGGAACAAAAAAUAUAUACGAUGGACAUUAUUAUCAUAUUUUUUUAUAUUUUAGUUGCGCUGCAUGCCACAUGCAUUUGGUUCAUGCCAUUAUAGAUUGAUGUGUUGUAUUGUCAUUCUAGCAAUGGAUUAGCAUGCUAAUGUUCUGUACAUAGUGUAUACGCGCAGUAGAGAUCGGCACAGUUGUGUAGUGGGCAGGACACUGGACUUGCGACGCAGAGGUCGCCUCUUCCACUUGAUUCCAUCUAUGUCCACCCAGCAGUACUGUACAACAAACGGGGUCAGGCGUGGGAAGAGGAGGCCCCAUGCCCUCGAUAGAGGUUCUCCUCUCUCGCCGAGGCCCAUCCGCCAGCAGUGCCGUGUACAAGGAAUUUCAGGGUUGCGCUUCUAUCCUUUGACACACGUCGUCCUAUAUGUAUACUUGUAUAUUGUGUGUAAUGUAUGUUGUUUGUAAAACUAAAACAAAUAUUCCAAAGUUACGCAUUUUUUUUUACAUGGAAACAGUUUCCAUAACUACCACAGGAUGCUCGCUCCAAUAUUUGCUCAUAUCCAGCAAAAUGUAUUCAGAUGUGAAAAUGUAUCUGUUGGAUGAAAAUUUAAACCAUUCCAUUCAAGAGCAACAUAAACAUACCAACAUUUUCCGUAUAUAUACUUUUUUCAUUGUAUAUAUAAUAAUUUAGUAUGCGGUGAAUAAACAGAUAAGUGAAUAUACAGUAUUUUGUUAACAGUUGGAGUAAUUUCUCUUUCAUAUGAAUAUUAUUGUAUUAUUGCUGUGGUAAGUUUACCCAAGAACGCCUAACCGAGUCUCAAGGCUCUUU